AUGCAGACAGAUGAGUCAAAGAUGGAACCACGAGGUCAACAAAGGAAGAAAAGAUAUAGAAGUGCAUUGUGUGUUCUCACCUGCACACGGCAUCACCUGCACACGGCAUCACCUGCACACGGCAUCACCUGCACACGGCAUCACCUGCACACGGCAUCACCUGCACACGGCAUCACCUGCACACGGCAUCACCUGCACACGGCAUCACCUGCACACGGCAUCACCUGCACACGGCAUCACCUGCACACGGCAUCACCUGCACACGGCAUCACCUGCACACGGCAUCACCUGCACACGGCAUCACCUGCACACGGCAUCACCUGCACACGGCAUCACCUGCACACGGCAUCACCUGCACACGGCAUCACCUGCACACGGCAUCACCUGCACACGGCAUCACCUGCACACGGCAUCACCUGCACACGGCAUCACCUGCACACGGCAUCACCUGCACACGGCAUCACCUGCACACGGCAUCACCUGCACACGGCAUCACCUGCACAUGGCAUCACCUGCACACGGCAUCACCUGCACACGGCAUCACCUGCACACGGCAUCACCUGCACACGGCAUCACCUGCACACGGCAUCACCUGCACACGGCAUCACCUGCACACGGCAUCACCUGCACACGGCAUCACCUGCACACGGCAUCACCUGCACACGGCAUCACCUGCACACGGCAUCACCUGCACACGGCAUCACCUGCACACGGCAUCACCUGCACACGGCAUCACCUGCACACGGCAUCACCUGCACACGGCAUCACCUGCACACGGCAUCACCUGCACACGGCAUCACCUGCACACGGCAUCACCUGCACACGGCAUCACCUGCACACGGCAUCACCUGCACACGGCAUCACCUGCACACGGCAUCACCUGCACACGGCAUCACCUGCACACGGCAUCACCUGCACAUGGCAUCACCUGCACAUGGCAUCACCUGCACAUGGCAUCACCUGCACACGGCAUCACCUGCACACGGCAUCACCUGCACACGGCAUCACCUGCACAUGGCAUCACCUGCACAUGGCAUCACCUGCACAUGGCAUCACCUGCACAUGGCAUCACCUGCACAUGGCAUCACCUGCACAUGGCAUCACCUGCACACGGCAUCACCUGCACACGGCAUCACCUGCACAUGGCAUCACCUGCACAUGGCAUCACCUGCACAUGGCAUCACCUGCACAUGGCAUCACCUGCACAUGGCAUCACCUGCACACGGCAUCACCUGCACACGGCAUCACCUGCACAUGGCAUCACCUGCACAUGGCAUCACCUGCACAUGGCAUCACCUGCACAUGGCAUCACCUGCACAUGGCAUCACCUGCACAUGGCAUCACCUCCACAUGGCAUCACCUGCACAUGGCAUCACCUGCACAUGGCAUCACCUGCACAUGGCAUCACCUGCACACGGCAUCACCUGCACAUGGCAUCACCUGCACAUGGCAUCACCUGCACAUGGCAUCACCUGCACAUGGCAUCACCUGCACACGGCAUCACCUGCACACGGCAUCACCUGCACACGGCAUCACCUGCACAUGGCAUCACCUGCACAUGGCAUCACCUGCACAUGGCAUCACCUGCACAUGGCAUCACCUGCACAUGGCAUCACCUGCACAUGGCAUCACCUCCACAUGGCAUCACCUGCACAUGGCAUCACCUGCACAUGGCAUCACCUGCAUUGCAUGGGCAUCACCUUGAGCACAGCUAGUGCCGCCGCUGCACCCUCCCUCUGCACCGCACUGCGUUCCACCGCCACCACACUCCCCUCCCCUUCACUCCUCCCCUUCUCCCCUCCCCGCACACUCCCUCCUCCGCCCUCACUCCUCCAGCCCAACCCCUCCCCACUCCCCCUCCGCGCCUCCCUCCCCUCUCUCCCCUCUCUCCCCUCUCUCCCCUCGCGCCCCCCUCGCACCCUCACCCCGUCAUCCCAUGCGCGUGUGUUCUCGCCCCUCUCGCCCCUCUCACCCCUCUCACCCCAUGCCAUCCAUCGGCGCGAGGGGAACUCCGCACUCUCCCUGCGCCCCACCCCGCUCAGCCAUCCACGUGAGGCCCUAGGCUCGGUAAAUACCAACCCGUUGGAGGUAGGCUCGGCCAAGCCUACAGAGCCGAAAGUUACAACGGGUGGGGAGCGGGAGAAGAGUGGCCUGGUGGCAGCGGCAGUGGGGGGCGAGGAGGAGGAGGGGAUGAGCGGCGAGGGGAAGGAUGGAAAAGGGGGGAUGGGGGGAGGGGAGAAGGAGGAGGGGAUGGGAAGCGAGGAAGAGGAGGGGAUGGGGGGCGAUGAAGAGGCAGCAGUGGGCGCGGGGCGGAGCAAAGCGACGAGCUCAGAGGCAGCGUGGGCGUUGAAAGCAGCCCACUGCACGUCCUCCCUGCUGCCCAGCAGCUGCUGCAGUAGCCUUGGCGCCUGCUCGCCCACCUGA